UAUGAAGACACAAAAACAAACCUGAGAUACGUAUUACAAUCAUACCUGGCAACAUAGUUUGUUUUCAGUGCGCGUGCGUAGACUUCAGUCUGCUGGGUCGCUGCAUUGAUUUUGUGAAUUGAUGAGGGUGUUAAUGUGUAGUCAGAGCUUCACAUUUUGCCCCAAUGCUGACUCUUCUCAGGGGUUCGACAGCUUUGGGGUGGAGACUUUCCUCUGUUCUCCAUCUGGGGGGUGUUACCCUGAACAGACAGCCUCCCACUACAGCCAGGUCCCCCUGUCUAAGAACCCAGACUGCUUUGUGUCAUCAAAGUAAAGCUAAAGACAGUCCUGAUCCAAACAAGCCCACAUCAGUGUUGAGUUCCAGCCUGGAGGGGGCGCCAUUAGGGAUGUGGGCAAUUGCCCUGGGCGCUGUUGGAGCAGCACUAGUUGGUGUUUUCAUGGCCAACACUGAUCUCUGUUUGCCGAAAGCUGCAGACGCUUCGCUGGAAUUCCUUGAAAACGCUGAUCUGCGUUCCAGCACCGACGAAGGCAAGGUCAUUAAAGCCAGGAGCCUGUGGGAGAGGAGCGGGGCUGUGGUCAUGGCAGUCCGAAGACCUGGAUGAUUUUUGUGCAGAGAGGAGGCCACUGAGCUGUCCUCUCUGAAGCCCCAGCUGGAUGAGCUCGGGGUGCCUCUUGUCGCUGUGGUGAAAGAAAACGUUGGCACAGAGAUCCAGGACUUCAAACUGCACUUUGCUGGAGAAGUCUACAUUGAUGAAAACAAACAAUUCUACGGGCCCCUGCAGAGGAAAAUGGGAGGACUGGGGUUCCUCCGCCUUGGAGUUUGGCAGAACUUCCUGCGAGCCUGGAGGGCUGGUUUCCAAGGUAACAUGAACGGCGAGGGUUUCAUCCUUGGUGGAGUAUUUGUCAUUGGAGCUGGAGACCAGGGCAUUAUCCUCCAACACCAUGAGAAGGAAUUUGGUGAUAAGACGGACCCUGCACUUGUUUUGGAGGCUGCUAGAAAAAUUUUGCCAGUGAAAUAGGUUUUACGGCUGAUGGUUUUUGAUGUUUCAUCUAUGUAGAUUGCUGGAUUUGAAAAAAAUUCAAGAAACUGAUUUAAAGAGCACUUAAAAUGUAUUUUAAUGAGAACAUAUUCUAUUUUUUUUUUUUUUUUUUUGCUACACAGUACAUUCUGUUUACUCUCUUGUGUUCAGUUACUCAAAUUUACGAUUACUUGUAAUUGCAUUACUGUAUUGGCCUGAAUAUGAUUUCCCCCCUUAAAAGAACAUCUGAGAAAUAUGGAGUCCUCUUAUAAUCACAGACUUUUACAUGUCCAAUAUCUGCUGCAUGAAGUGAAAGGUGUGCUCCUUUCUCAACAGCAGGUGAAUACUGUCCUGGUCUUAGAUACAAUUCCCCCCUAAAAAUCAGUCCACCCUGCCUUUCACUGCACAUGCAUCAUCAGCCGCGGUUCACUGAUUAUCACCUCGUUUCUGCUUAAAACUGCACUC